AUGGUGUCGCGGCGUGGGCUGAGCUUGCGGCAUCUUUGAGAGGAAAACAAAACGGGAAAGACGAAGACGGUGCGCUUGAGGCCGAACAAUGGCGAUGGGAUUAUUUAAGCGUUUAAAAAGCGCAGCUCGAUGUGGCGGCGAACGUUGAUGACGACGACGACGAGCAGCAGAGUCCAACAAGAAGCAUGGUGGAGAGAAGGAUGGCCUGGGUGUGGAAGAGGAAGUCGGUGAUGGCCACGGGCCUGGUGGUGGUGGUGUCGCUCUUCGUGGUGGUGGUCAACCUGCAGUGGCAGCCCGUGCUGAGUGAGACUUUGGGCGGCCACUGGGCGUCGUCCAAGCAGGCUUACCAGGCCUUCAAGCCUCACCUGGGCUACGUCAGCAUCCCCAAACAAGAACCCCUGAAGCUGAACUGCGAGCUGUGCAGCGUGGUGUCCAGUUCCGGACAGAUGCUGGGCCAGGCGGCAGGCGCGCUCAUCGACCGCUCGCCGUGCAUCUGGCGCAUGAACAAUGCGCCGACGCGGGGCUUCGAGCGCGACGUGGGCCGCCGCACCACGCUGCGGGUGGUGUCGCACACCAGCGUGCCGCUGCUGCUGCAGAGGCCGCAGCACUUUUUCGGCCAGCACAACGACACCGUCUACGUGGUGUGGGGCCCGCUGAGGAACAUGCGCAAGGACGGCAAGGGCGUGGUGUACAACAUGCUGAGGCAGGCGGCCGACAACUACCCGCAGGCGCGCAUUUACGUCACCACGGAGGACAGGAUGAACUACUGCGACACGGUCUUCAAGAAGGAGACGGGGAAGGACAGGAUCCAGUCGGGCUCGUACCUCAGCACCGGCUGGUUCACGCUCAUCCUGGCCAUGGACAUGUGCAAAGAGAUCCACGUCUACGGCAUGAUCAACGACACCUACUGCAAGACGGAAGGCUAUCGCAAGGUCCCCUACCACUACUACGAGGCGGGCAGCAGGGACGAGUGCGCCGAGUACCUCCUUCACGAGAGCGCCCCCUACGGCGGGCACCGCUUCAUCACGGAGAAGACCGUGUUCGCCAAGUGGAUCAAAAGCCACGCCAUCAAGUUCUUCAACCCGCCCUGGCAGCUCUCGUGACCCUCCGGGAGCGUUUAUCUGUUUUGGAUUGUUUUUCCCACGGAUGCUUUUCUUCUCAUUGAAGUCAUAAAAACAUCAUGCCGAUGUCCAUCUUGGAUCCACCCAACAGAGACAGAGUGUCAGGUUCGAACACUGAUGACAUCUAUUAAACAGACAAAGAAGCAAGGAAUUAAACAGAGACAUAAUUAAAUUUGGCUCAAUGGGGGAGAAACCUGUACCCUUGUACAGUGUCCCACCAUGCUUAGACCUGUACCCUUGUACAGUGUCCCACCAUGCGUAGACCUGUACCCUUGUACAGUGUCCCACCAUGCGUAGACCUGUACCCUUGUACAGUGUCCCACCAUGCGUAGACCUGUACCCUUGUACAGUGUCCCACCAUGCGUAGACCUGUACCCUAGUACAGUGUCCCACCACGCUCUUAACGAAAGAUUGUACGCCUCCUCUUUUAUUUGGACUUCCCCUGAUCACAUGGCAACAGGUGUUUCUAAAGGAAGGGGGGUCAUGAACAGCCGUCGCUUUUGGUCACAAAACAGUUCAAAGAAAAGGUGCCUUGGGUGUGGUCAGGUCCUGCGUCCUUUCCGUUUUGUAGAUCUGGGUUGAAGACAAAAUCCUCCUGUGGCUUACAAUACAUCAAAGAAACCGACACCUUCAUGUCGCUUCCCAUCCUACACAGUGGAGUUUUACAAGCCUAUUGAUUGGUAAGAUCAAAGACAGCUUUGGUCUGCUCGCCGGGAACUCAUUGAAACACAAAGUUCUGUGAUAAUUUAGAUAUUCCGACACAUAGUCUUGGUACCCUUGGUCCAGCGGUCUCAGAAUGACCUGAAGGUGGAUCCUUCUUCAGCUUCGUAAGCCCUCGCGAAGCCUUCCAUUUUUAUUUUGACUCACCGAUUUAUAUACUGCAGACUCCGCCUUCCCGCAGCAAAGGAAGGGAGAAGGGUCUGAUGUCUUAGUCCUUUCGUCACGUCCAGCUGCACAGUCUUACUGGACUCGAAGGCAGCGUCGCCCCCCCGGAGGUUUCAGUCCGAGGUCCUCCGUUCCAGACUGCUGCCCCUCCAUUGGUCCUUUGAAUGUGAGCUUCCUAAGGCAGUUAUGACGAUUUCUUCUUCAGCUUAGAGGAACUCCAGAUUUGCACCAUUCAUGAGCAAAGUGUCAACAUUUAGCUACAGGCUAAACCACAGUUAGCCACCAAGUAGCACACUUGGACACAAAACCACUGUCUGGGGGUUUUCUUUUGGCGGUUGAAGCCACUAGCGAGCUAGCUGAGUUAGCGGGAAUGAAUGUAGCUCGCACAUUCAGUUAGCUGCCUCCUUCACGCUGUAGCUAAGCAUGCUAGCGUCACGGUCUUAGCAUGUAGCAACGGACAGCCGUGGUACCGUCGCAGAGGUGAGUUUUGGACUUACAGAUGUCAAACAAUCUGGGUUUCCAAAACAGUAGCACCACUGGCGAGAGUCAGAAAUUCAAAAAGCAGUUUUUCCUCGACCAAGGGAGUGCUCAGAGAGUAUGGGGUAUCGGACUGUCUGAUUGUGGCGGUCCACUCCCUGUAUGAUCAGUGUCAGAGCUUGGUCCGCAUCGCCGGCAGUAAGUCCAGUGAGGGUUGGACUCCGCCAAGGCUGCCCUUUGUCACCCAUUCUGUUCAUAACUUUUAUGGACAGAAUUUCUAGGCGCAGUCAAGGCGUUGAGGGGUUCCGGUUUGGUGGCUGCAAGAUUACCGGUAGAUCUCUUCUUUUUGCAGAUGAUGUGGUCCUGAUGGCUUCAUCUGGCCAAGAUCUUCAGCUCUCACUGGAUCGGUUCGCAGCCGAGUGUGAGCCGACUGGGAGGAGAGUCAGCAUCUCAAAGUCCGAGUCCACGGUCCUCGCUCGGAAAAUAGCGGAGUGCCAUCUCCGGGUUGGGGAGGAAAGCCUGUCCCAAGUGGAGGAGUUCAAGUACCUAGGAGUCUUGUUCAUGAGUGAGGAAAGAAUGGAUCGGUGCGGCGUCUUCAGUAAUGCGGACGCUGUGGUGAAGAAGGAGCUGAGACGGAAGGCAAAGCUCUCAAUUUACCGGUCGAUCUACGUUCCCAUCCUCACCUAUGGUCAUGAGCUUUGGGUCAUGACCGAAAGGAUAAGAUCACGGGUACAAGCGGCCCAAAUGAGUUUCCUCCGCCGUGUGGCGGGUCUCUCCCUUAGAGAUAGGGUGAGAAGCUCUGCCAUCCGGGAGGAACUCAAAGUAAAGCUGCUGCUCCUCCACAUGGAGAGGAGCCAGAUGAGGUGGUUCGGGCAUCUGGUCAGGAUGCCACCCGAACGCCACCCUAGGGAGGUGUUUCAGGCACAUCCGACUGGGGGGAAGACCCAGGACAUGUUGGGAAGACUAUGUCUCCCGGCUGGCCUGGGAACGCCACGGGAUCCCCCGGCAAGAGCUGGACCAAGUGGCUGGGGAGAGGAAAGUCUGGGUUUCCCUGCUUAGGCUGCUGUCCCCGCGACCCGACCUUGGAUAAGCGGAAGAAGAUGGAUGGAUGGAUGGAGAGAUAUUAUAGAAGUGGACAUUGUUUACAUUCAGAGCAGCCGUCUUUGAAACCAACUCGGGUGUUGUUGAGAUCGCUCCCACUUUCCGAGUUGGAAAUCUGACCCCGAGUGGCUGUUCCAGUUGAAAUUCCGACUUCCAGUACAAAUGGAACGUUUGUACGAAGGCGUUGGCAUCGACUCGGAUCGCCAGUGAGAGCGAUAAAGACCUCGUCAGGCCACGACAUCGGCGUCUCUCAACCAGUUGUAAGUCCAUCUAGCAUCCCCAAAGUUAGGAAAGUAUUUUACCAAGUUUGAAAAGUUACUCCGAGCUGCUUUAAAUAACAUUAAUGAUUCUUUUCUUAAUGCCUUUUGCUCUAAUUUCCCGCCGUCAUUGAUAUGGCCGUUUGAUAAACGACAUGAAGCGCCGUCGAAACUGGCAAUGAGUGAAGGACUCUUGAGCAAUCACAACUUUAUUCAUCUUAUCUUGUCAUCACGGGUGUGAAGGUUAAUUUAGAGUACCAGGUGAUAAAAUCAAUCAUUGAUCAUUGUUAUACCAGUCAGCCUUAAGCAACCACGUCGACGUCACGCAAUGCCAGCAGCGUUGCACGGCCCUCGACACGAGAGUAUUAUUUUAACCACUAUUAUUAUAUAAACCCCGUUUCCAUAUGAGUUGGGAAAUUGUGUUAGAUGUAAAUAUAAACAGAAUACAAUGAUUUGCAAAUCCUUUUCAAGCCAUAUUCAGUUGAAUAUGCUACAAAGACAACAUAUUUGAUGUUCAAACUCAUAAACUUUAUUUUUUCCUGUGUUGAAGAAGUUUCAUUAGAAUUACUCUAACAAAUAAUACAUUGCGAGAAUUAAUUUUCAAUUAAGAAUCAUAUUGAUCGAAAAUCGAUUCUGAAUUGAAUCGUCACCCCAAGAAUCGUAAUUGAAUCGAUCACGCGUGAGGUGGCCAUUAAUGAUCCCACCUCUGCUAUAUCCAUCCAUCCAUCCAUUUUCUACCUCUUAUUCCCUUAUACUUGCAAAUGAGACUCAGAAGUGUGCGGAAUUACAAGAUAUAAAAAACGGACCGCAUCGUUAUCUUUAUCAGCUCAUGUUUAAAAGAUCAAAUUAUAAUUUAUUAACACACCAUAUUACAGAAAAUUGGUUUGAUUGAUUGAUUGAUACUUUUAUUAGUAGAUUGCACAGUACAGUACAUAUUCCGUACAAUUGACCACUAAAUGGUAACACUCCAAUAAGUUUUUCAACUUGGGUUUCACGUUAAUCAAUUCAUGGUAAUUUUGAGUACUGGUAUCACUUCCCAGGAACAAGGAAUUGGUACCGUAUCAGUUCAAAGAUGAAAUACAACCAUCACUUCAGACAAGAAAGGUUGCAUUUUGCUACUUUUCUUCUCGUUUGUCUUUUGCAAGUCACAACCGCCAGAGUGCAGCGCGGAUAAGUACCAACCUCGUCACGUCUGUUGUGUCCUUGAACAAGACACUUCACCCUUGCUCCUGAUGGGUGCUGGUUAGCGCCUUGCAUGGCAGCUCCCUCCAUCAGUGUGUGAAUGUGUGUGUGAAUGGGUAAAUGUGGAAGUAGUGUCAAAGUGCUUUGAGUACCUUGAAGGUAGAAAAGCGCUAUACAAGUACAACCCGUUUAUCAUUUAUAAGUAUCAACCCAUAACUCCUCCCGGCAACGCAGUAGAAAAUGGAUGGACGGAUGGAACUUAGAUUAUUUGUGGUAUGUGAUAGGAGCCAAUAAACAACAAGCUGCGGGCCACAAAAGCCCCCCCAUCCCUCCUUUGGACCCCCCUGAAACUCCAAAGAUGCUGACUUUUGAGGUACAGUGUUGAUUCAUGUUUGUAGUUUCCUUGAGACCGGGUGUUGUUGGUAAUAUUUUGUUGAACUGUGAGUCAAGAAUGUAUAUUUAACUAAAGAUGUCUGUUUUAGAUUUGACUAAUUCCACUUUUUAAUGCACUUACGUUCUUAAAGGAUUAAAAGUGUGCAGUAUUUGGACGUACUAAAAAAAUGUGGAUUAUUAUAUUUUUUAGAAAUGCGCUCAUUGCUUUUGCUGUCGUCAGUAACAGUGUUUUUUUUUUACUUUAUAGAGUUUUUCUCCAUGUUUUCCCCCCCCUUUUGUUUGGUAAAUGUUUCGUGUCGAUCAGGCACCUUCCUUUUCUGUAUUCAAGUGUUAUUGUACGACUUGAGUUUCAUAUUGAAUGUAAGAUAUUUGUCUGAAGCGUUUCUUGUAACACGGCCGCUUUUUUUCUAAAUGUUUCAAUUUUGAAUGAAAACAAAGUAUUUGCUUUUUCAAACUGAAUAUGUUGUGCGUGUUGUUUGUUGGGCAUUAAUAAUAAAAAAUAAAAAGAAGGUAAAACCACUUGA